CGACUGACUAAUAAUUACUUUACUUCAUGGAUACCAAACAAAGAGGCAAAAUUUAAAGCUAGUUCAUGUUGUUUUUCUACUGGCUUCUCACGAGACCGCGGUGGAACCCAAAGGAUGCCGAUUAUUACUUGGUUUGGGGGUUUGUUUAUGAUUUUAUGACUGCUCAUCUUGCCUUGGUCUGUGGAGUUUCGGUGGUUUUUGUUCUCCACAAACAGCAGUCGAACGUGUCUCAUCGUUGUGACAGAACAGGGACCAUCGUCAGUGUAAGUAAUGCGAAUACGAGGUUUCACCUGCGGGCGAAGUCCAGAUCGCGUCCUGGAACCAUUCCAUGAGCAAAACAAACCCCAGAGUGGUGUGCUGUCCUGUGAC